CCGAAAUCCGACACAGGGCAGGAAAAAAAUAACUGUCUCUACCACAAAACAACAACAUCCAUCCUCCGUGAUACCACUGUGCAUUUGUCUGCUGCAUCCUUCCACCGUCUUCUCGGUCGUUCCCUUUCCCUUCCCUAUUAAUCUCACCGGUUUCCUUGUUCUCUUCUGCCUGAUUGUUGGGGUUAUAUGAGCAUUGGGAUUUCUUGGGCCCUACGCCACCACCACCGACUGCCACCUCCCAACUUCACCCGUCUCUUCCCUCGAACCGCUUCCCCCAUUAUUGUUAUUGUCCAUGCCUUGACACAGUCCCGCGAAUCAUGACGACUCCUCUCGUCGGCAACAUCACGACAAACUACGAUCGAAGUCGUCGAAUGUCCGGUGCCUCUCCCGACAACCAGGCCACGGACUUCCCUUAUCUGGACCGAUCAAUGUCUUCAGGUGGUGGUGCCGUAAUCGACGAGAGCCAGGAUGCCAACAGGGAAAUUCAAAACCUCGCCCGCCAAUAUUCCCGCGUCUCGACCACUGCGGAGCCUGGAUACCAACCGUUCGAUGAAGCGAGCGCCGGUACCGAGAUUGAUCCCAACUCGGACAACUUCAAUGGCAGGGCCUGGACAAAGGCCAUGCUGAGGCUCCAGAAGCAAUCCGGCCAGAAUGUCGGUCGCACUGCGGGUUUCGCCUUUCGCAACCUCUCGGCCUUUGGCUACACCAAGGGCAGUGACUUCCAGAAGACGGUCGACAAUUAUCCUCUGGCCCUGAUGGACAUGCUGCGAGGCAUCUUCGGCCACAAAGGCCAACGCGUCGAUAUUCUACGCAAUUUCGAAGGUGUGGUGCAGCCGGGCGAAAUGCUCGUCGUCCUAGGACCUCCUGGCUCGGGUUGUUCUACCUUCCUCAAGACCAUUACGGGCGAGACGCACGGCUUCAACCUCAGCGACGAUUCCUAUAUCAACUACCAGGGCAUUAGCUACAAGCAGAUGCACAAUGACUUCAAGGGUGAAGCCAUCUACACGGCCGAACAGGACGUCCAUUUCCCCAUGUUGACGGUCGGCGACACGUUGCUCUUUGCGGCUCGGGCGCGAACACCGCAGAAUAUGAAACUGCCCCCAGGCGUGACCAAGGCAAUGUACGCAGCUCACCUACGGGAUGUGGUCAUGGCCGUCUUUGGCAUCAAGCACACCAUCAAUACCAAAGUCGGCAAUGACUUUGUCAGAGGUGUCAGUGGUGGUGAAAGAAAGAGAGUGUCCAUCGCUGAGGCAACAUUGAGUAAUGCUCCUCUCCAGUGUUGGGAUAACAGCACGCGAGGUCUGGAUUCAGCCAACGCCAUCGAAUUCUGCAAGACCCUCCGGACCUCGACCGACUUGAAUGAUACCACUGCGGCUGUGGCCAUCUACCAGUCGCCACAAAGUGCCUACGACUUUUUCGACAAGGUCCUUGUUCUCUAUCAGGGUCGUCAGAUCUUUUUCGGUCGCACUACCGAAGCCCAGAAGUACUUUGAAGAUAUGGGCUUCGAAUGCGCCAAACGCCAGACCGUCCCGGAUUUCCUGACCUCCAUGACCAACCCGAUUGAACGCCUUGUCAAGAAAGGAUUCGAGUCGCAGGUGCCUCGCACACCAGACGAGUUCGCCGAACGAUGGCAAAACAGCGAAGCGCGACAGAGAAUGUUGCAGGAACUGGAUGCUUUCGAAAAUGCCAAUCCGAUUGGUGGUCCCAACCUGGAAGCCUUCAAGCAAUCUCGUCGUAUCCAACAGUCCAAAGCUCAAAGGAAGUCUUCUCCGUACACCUUGUCCUACGGGGGCCAAAUCAGAUUGUGUCUGUGGCGAGGCUUCAAGCGACUCAUGGACGACCCUGCCAUUACCCUCACACAGCUUUUUGCCAACUGUAUCAACGCUCUUGUGGUUUCUUCCUUGUUCUACAACCUACCAGCCGAUACCGACUCACUCCGAUCUAGAAGCUCCCUCAUCUUCUUCGCGGUCUUGCUCAACGCGUUUGGUAGCGCUCUUGAAAUUCUCACACUCUACGCACAGCGCCCGAUUGUGGAAAAGCAUCAACGUUAUGCACUUUACCACCCGUCGGCCGAGGCCUUUGCAUCAAUGCUCACAGACGUCCCCUCAAAGACUCUCAACGCCAUCGGCUUCAAUUUGAUCCUCUACUUUAUGACCAACCUUCGACGGACACCUGGUGCCUUCUUUUUCUUCUUGUUCACCUCUUACAUCCUGACCUUUACCAUGAGCAUGUUGUUCCGCUUCAUCGCGUCUGUAUCGAGAUCGCUCGUGGAAGCUUUGGUCCCGACAGCUGUCUUGAUGAUCGCCAUUGUUGUGUACACGGGUUUUGUUAUUCCUGUGGACUAUAUGCAUGGGUGGGCACGCUGGAUGAACUACAUCAACCCGACAGCAUAUGGGUUUGAAAGUCUGAUGGUGAAUGAGUUCCACAAUCGUGACUAUCCGUGUUCGACCUUCGUCCCUCCGGCGCCUCAGUUUGGAAAUGGCUCGACCACGUCCCAAAUCUGCACAGUCGUCGGAUCCGUGGCUGGCCGAACCUUCGUCGAUGGCGACGCUUACAUCAACAUCUCCUACAAAUACUUUGCGGGCCACAAAUGGCGGAACAUUGGCAUCUUAUUCGUGUUCAUGAUCGGACUCUGUGUGAUGUACUUGGCUGCAACCGAGACCGUGACCGCCAAGAAGUCCAAGGGUGAAGUGCUACUCUUCCGACGAGGCCACAAACCGGCAUUCUUGAAAGAGCAAAUGUCUGAUAUGGAGUCGGGAGGCUCCGACCCGAACCUCGUUGCUCUCGAAAGGAGGCAGACAAAGGAUGAACAAUUGACGCGACAAGUCAGUGCGGUGAUUCAGAAGCAGACUGCCAUCUUUCAAUGGAAGGACGUCUGUUACGACAUCAAGAUCAAAGGCCAACCGCGUCGGAUUCUUGAUCAUGUUGACGGUUGGGUCAAACCAGGAACCAUGACAGCUCUGAUGGGUGUUUCGGGUGCCGGCAAGACCACUUUGCUCGACUGUCUCGCAACACGUGUGACAAUGGGUGUUAUCACUGGCGAAAUGCUGGUCGAUGGACGACAGCGCGACGAGUCCUUCCAGAGAAAGACAGGUUAUGUGCAACAGCAGGAUUUGCAUCUCGAGACAAGUACCGUACGAGAAGCUUUACGUUUUAGCGCCCUCUUACGACAACCGAGAGACACGCCGCGACAAGAAAAGAUCGCCUACGUCGAAGAGGUUAUCAAAUUGCUGGACAUGCAGGAGUACGCCGACGCUGUAGUUGGAGUUCCAGGUGAAGGUCUCAACGUGGAGCAGCGGAAGCGGUUGACGAUCGGAGUAGAGCUCGCUGCUCGGCCUCAACUCCUUCUCUUCCUUGACGAGCCUACGUCCGGUCUUGAUUCGCAGACUUCCUGGUCCAUUUUGAAUCUUCUCGAGAAGCUCACAAAAGCUGGCCAAGCUAUCCUCUGCACCAUUCAUCAACCCUCCGCUAUUCUAUUUCAGAGAUUUGACCGACUCCUGUUCCUUGCGGCCGGUGGCAAGACUGUGUACUUUGGUCCGGUGGGCAAGGACUCCCAUAUCCUGAUUGACUAUUUCCAUAGAAACGGCGCUCAUGACUGCCCUCCUGGCGCCAACCCUGCCGAAUAUAUGCUCGAGGCCAUUGGUGCAGCGCCCGGAUCUCAUUCCGAUAUCGACUGGUUCCAGGUCUGGCGCAGCUCACCAGAAUACCAGGAGGUGCAGCGAGAAUUGGAAGAGAUGAAAGUUGAACGAUCUCAAAUGGUGGCUCCAACCUCGGCGAACAAGGCAGAUUACUUCGAGUUUGCCGCGCCUUUCACACUCCAAUUCUGGGAAACGCAGAAACGGGUUUUCGAACAGUAUUGGCGAACCCCGGAGUAUGUCUACUCCAAGCUCCUGCUGUGCUGCCUGACGGGUCUAUUCAUCGGUUUCUCGCUCUUCAAGGCCCCGAAUACUCAACAAGGGCUUCAAAACCAGCUCUUUGGCAUCUUCAUGCUGUUGGUCCUGUUCUCGCAGCUUGUGCAGCAAAUCAUGCCUCUCUUCGUCACACAGCGCAGCCUGUAUGAAGUACGUGAGCGACCUUCAAAGACCUACUCAUGGAAGGCAUUUAUGCUAUCGAACAUCCUGGUCGAGCUCCCUUGGGCAACCCUGGGAGCUGUGAUCUUGUUCUUCUGUUGGUAUUAUCCCAUUGGACUAUACCGAAAUGCAGAAUACACCGACUCCGUGGCUUCACGUGGGGCAACGCAGUUCUUGUUUGUGUUGGAGUUUAUCCUGUUCAGCAGCACCUUCGCGCACAUGAUGAUUGCAGGCAUUGCAACAGCAGAGACGGCCUCCAAUAUCGCAAACGUUCUGUUCUCGCUCUGUCUUCUGUUCAAUGGUGUCUUGGUCGGCCCCAAGGCGAUGCCUGGGUUCUGGAUCUUCAUGUACCGAGUGAGCCCCUUUACGUAUCUAGUCGAAGGGCUCUUGAGCGUGGGAAUCGCACACGCACCGGUUGUCUGUGCAGCCAAUGAAUACCUCCAUCUCACCGCGCCGGCCGGCCAAACCUGCGGCGAGUAUCUCGGCCCCUUCAUCAAGCAAGCGGGCGGCUACCUCCUGGACUCGAACACCACGCAGUGCCAAUUCUGCACCGUCAACAGCACCGACACCUUUUUGUCACUGGUGAGCAUCUCGUUCUCGCACAGAUGGCGCGACUUCGGCAUUUUGUUCGUGUACAUUGCGUUCAACGUGUUCGCGGCGGUGACUAUCUACUGGUUGGCCCGGGUGCCCAAGGGCAAGAAAUACGCCGGCGGCAAGGACGCGGACAAGAGCAAGGCGCUGUUCAAGACCCUGAGCAACGCGAGCCAGGGACAGCACCAGCAGCCGGCAGCCGGCGGGAACUACGAGAAGAGUCCCGCCGUGCUCGGAGCGUCGUCGGAGAAGGACCGUCGCACGACGACUCCAUCGACGGACGACGACUCGAGCUCUGAGAGCGAUCGGUCGAUUCGGGAGAAAGACCCAGAGAAGAGAGAGGCCGUCAACGUGCAAGAAGCGGAGAAACCACACCAGCCUAGCCAGAACGAAGUCGCCGCCGCCGCCACCUCCGCCGCGGCAGAGAGGCCAACCACGGAACGCUUCAUCACGGCACCGCAGUUCUAAUCUAAUGGUGCGUUGUUCGCGGGAGGCCUGAUUUUUGCUCGAUGUACCAUAUCACUCUAUUCUUAUUCCUAUUCCUAUUCCCAUAAUAGCCGGAGUUGUGCUGUUGUGCGGUGUGUUGUGUGGUGUUUCACAUCUUGCUGGACCAAGCUUUCAUCUCUUGAAUAUCAUUUCACACACGCCGAGGGCGAGGGCGAGGGCGAGGGCGAGGUCGAAGGUGAAAUGGGAGCUGGUAAUCUCUUUUGUAUCGAAAACCCCCUCUCUAGGGCAGGAACUUUAAAAAGUACCUCACUCAUCUGAGGUGCUCGAAUAGAAUUUGGUUGGGAACCUGGAGUUUCAUUGCUCGAUGGAUGGAUGCAUGGAUGGUUAGAUGAAUAGAUGGGGACAGACUGACAGACAGACAGACAGACAGAUGGAUGGAUGUAGUUAUUUACCCUCCGGUGGUGGUGGUUCGGGAUUUGCGAUUGUCAAUGUGAGUCAGUGUCAAUGUCAACGAUGGGCGUGUAGGACAUACAUAUAGAUGUUACAUGGGGGGGCCGGGCGAUAUGGAGCACGAGCAAAUCCCUCAACUCAAUCAUGAUUCAUACGCGUAUACACACACACC